AUGAAUACGGAUUCAGAUCCCGGAGGAGUCAUAGAGCUGGAUUCACCUGCUGAUGAACCGGUUCAGAGCUCAGAACAUCAGAAUGAGGAGCAUGACUCGGACUCGGUGGUGCUUUGGGUUCCCACUGGAAGACGUCUGGUCUCGGGUCUGCUGGGUCUGAACGCGGUGCUGCUGGGGGCGGCUCUGUUGGUCGGGAAUGCUUUGAACCCCACGGCGCUGAAGAACCUGGAGCCUCAGGUGUUCCUGCUGCUGCUGAUGGGGGUCAGCGUGGUCUGGAUGCUGUGGUACCUGCUGUGGGCCCGGAGACAGCCCGGCUUCUGCACACACAAGGACCACCAUGCCGGGGGAGGCCCUGUCACCUUUGUCGUCCAUCUCUUUGCUGUGUUCAGUCUGCUGCUGUACGUCUGCAGGAUCGGAUAUUUCAUCAACACGAGGGCGUGUAAACCUGCUGCUCAGGUGCUCUCUCCGUUCAUCGAGGCUUUGUUUCUCACUCUGCAGACAUAUUUACUGUGGGCUCACUCCAAAGACUGCGUUCAAAAACACAAGAUCAUCACCAGGUUGGGUCUGAUGGUGAUCCUCUCGGCUGACCUGCUGCUGUGGCUGAACGCGGUGACGGAGGAAACCAUCCACGUGGAGAUGAAGUUGGAAAAAGAGGGCGGUCUUCAUGUCAGCAGCAGGAACUCAUCAGAGUUAGCAGGAUUUGCAAACUCGACUUCCUGCCACUGCAGAGUGAGCGCCGCCUGCCUCGUCUUCAGGAAAGCCAUUGAAAUCCUCUAUCCCUUCCACAUGGAGUAUUACUUGAUGGCGGGCUGCAUGAUCUACGUGAUGUGGAAGAACGUGGGCCGCAGGACGAGUCCAGGUGACCACCACCACGUCGCUCAUAAGCUGACCCUCCGUGCGGUCUACGACGGCGAGGUCUUUUACGGCCUCGUGUUCGGCGGCUUGGUCCUCAUGGUGGGCGUCGUCAUCUUCAUCCUCUAUCACAUUUUUGUGAGCCUGCCCCGCCAUCGCCUCACCGCCUUCCUCCUGUUCUACGGUUACCACCUGGCCGUCAUGCCCCUCAUGUCUCUGUGCAGCCUGGGCGGGACACUCGUCCAGCGGGCGGAGAGGAGGGCGAGCGUCGGGGGGCGCGACCCCACGCGGAGCCUGGACGUGAUCCUCCUGCUCGCGACGGCUCUCGGUCAGCUCGCCCUGGCUUACUUCUCUCUGGUUGCGGCGCUCGCUGUGGGGACCGAGGGGACUCUGGGGGACCUGGACCUGUCUUACUCUGUCCUCAGCCUGCUGGAGCUCAGCCUCCAGAACAUCUUCAUCAUCAAGGGGCUUCACAGACACCCGAGCCGCUUCACCAAGAAGAAGGAGAAGCAGUGGAGCAACUUUUUCAAGCCAAAGAAAAAGAAGGCCGCUGAUCUGAUCCCUGAGGAGAGGAAGACAGAUACCACGGUCCUGGAGGGGAAAACAUCAGCUGCUGCUCAAGAGCGUGAUGGGAAAAAACCCGGGAUGAAACGAGCGAUUCAAGAAAUCUGUGCGUUCCUCAUCCUCUCCAACGUCAUGCUGUGGAUCAUCCCCGCGUUCGGAGUCCACCCUCAGUUCGAGAACGGCAUCGGGAAGCGGUUCUUCGGCUUCAGCGCCUGGUUCGUUCUGGUGAACCUGAGUCAGCCGCUCGGCGUUUUCUACAGGAUGCACUCGGUGGGCGCUCUGAUGGAGCUGCUCCUCGAUGCAUGAUGAGCAGACACCAGACCCCCAGAACUAAACGGAUCAGGGACUUCUUCUUCUUCUUCAAGGAACUAAAAGGUUCCUGUGGCCCAUU